AGAUUCAGUUCCAAGCUCUCUACAAGAUCUACGUCACUGCUGGUUUGGUAUCGAGAUCCAUGAUACUCUCCACCUUUAUCAAGUUCUGCAACUGCUAUCCGGAUGAAGAUUUCAUUCCAAAUAUCAUUGAUUUAUUUGAAAUCGAGAAGGACUCGAUUGAUAUUGAAAUCCAGUCCAGAGCCAAUGAAUAUUUGAACAUGUUUACCAUGAACUCCAAGGGUCUUUUAUCGAAUAUUAUCAGGCCUCUUCCUCCAUUUGAAACCAAGAAAAACCACCUUUUGUCAAGAAUUGGGACUCUUAACCACAUAGUAGGGACCGACAAAUCGAGUUUCAUGGUGAAUGCAGCUAAAAUCCAAAAGAAGACGACUAAUGGAAAUGGAAACGGCAACGGUAGCUUGAUCGAUUUGGGUGGACCGGAAGCUGAUUUUGAGAAUCCAUUUCAGGAAGAGAAAUUGGUGUUGUCUCCAAAUUGGUAUAAUGGUUACCACCGAAUGCUUCACUUCGAUGCAGGUAUCUUUUAUGAAAGCCAGUUGGCGAGAAUUACUUAUAAAGUUGACCGUAUUGAUGACUUCAAGUUGUUGUACAAGCUUCAAGUCAUCAAUAACUCCUACAAAUCGACUCUGAAUCAACUCACGAGUUUCAAGAUUUUGGAAUUGAAGAGUAAUGCGAAUACAGUCGACCCCAGCUACAUCAUGAAUCUUACCAAAACACCCGACCAGAUCAUCUUGGACAAGUCCCUGAUCGAAAUAGAAGUCAAGGUUCGUGGGGUUGUGGACGUGGAACAAUCGCCGGUUCUAUCUAUAAGUUUUAGUUGUGGAGGAUCGUUCAACCAAUUGAAUUUGAAAUUCCCCGUGAACGUAUUGAAGACCCUCACUCCCACGACGUUACUUGUGGAGGAAUUCAAGACCAGAUGGCUUCAAAUUAACCAAUUACUUCCCAAUAACAAGGGAGAAUUUACCAUCCGUCCCAACACUGCGUACAAAUACACUGCUUCCAACAUUGUCAGACUUGUGCAGCGACUCAGGUUCUCAAUUGUAUUCAGCAGUAGUGAAGAUGAUCCGAACAAGGUGCUUGUUUUAGCUGCUGGUAUCCUCCACACCCAAACCAAUAAUUAUGGAGUAUUGCUUUCGAUCAAGAGUGUCGGUACCGAAGGGAAGCACUUUGAAAUUACUGCCAAAUGUACAGGAGAAGGGGUUGCAGAGAUCAUUGCGGUGGCGAUGGGGGAAAUAUUCCAAGGCAAAUUUUAACUUAUGGCAAUGAAUAUUUAAUGCACGGUUUACCUUAUGUGGUAAGUAAGUAUUGUUGACAUUGCCUAAUUACCUUUCCUGAAGUAGAAAUUCGAUUUAAUAAUCUUUCCUAUUUAGGCAUUUCUCACGCAGUGUAAUUUUUUCCACAUCCUCAGCUCUUAGUUUUGCAGCUAUAAACCUUGCUUCAAUAGGAAAUUUUGGCCCUGGAGGGGCCAUCUUCCCCAGACAAUAUAAGCACGCAUAUUCCAUUCUUCAAUACUCAGGCAAAAGUUUUCCACCGGUAUUUUCACUAAUGAAAGUCACACCAUUAUUGUUAAUAACUGCCCUAGCAUUAUGGCAACAGGCUCAAGCAGCUCCUGCUCCCGCACAGACCGUCUGGAGGACAGCAACCCAAGUGUUGAACCAAGACGGUAGCAUUUUCACCCUUUUGGAUGAGCUUUUUGGUGACGACGCUGCCACCACUGCAGCAACCACCACCGCAGCUACCACGGCAGCAGUCCAGGCCGCAGCUACCACCACCGCAGCUUCUAGUGGAUCCAGAUGGAGCGGUUUGCUCAGUAAGCUCCUUGGCUACUUUGACGACGACGAUACCACCACAGCCGCCGCCGCCGCCACCACCACCGCAGCCGUCACAUCUGUAGCCACGUCUGCGGCCACCACCGCAGCCACAAACGACGAUUUGUUCACCUGGUUCACCACUGCAAACAAGAAAACAUCGGCCGCCACCUCAACGUCCGCCAAUACCCUCGCCGCCUCCAGUGCUACGCCCACCACACUCUCGACCGCCACUAUCAAAACAGGUACUACUGUCGCAUCUGCCGAUGCGUCUAGCACCGAAGAAGUGUCAGGAUCGGAUAAAGAAUUCGCCGAGUCGAUUUUGGCGUCCCACAAUCAGUACCGUGCCGACCACAACGUUGCUGCCUUGACAUGGAAUAACGCUGCAUACCAGUACGCCCAAAAUAACGCCGAUAAUUACGAUUGUUCCGGUGUUUUGACCCACACGCACGGUCAAUACGGAGAAAACUUGGCGGCCGGCUUCAAAACGGGCUCGGCUGCGGUGGACGCCUGGUACGCCGAAGGACUGACGUAUGACUACUCUUCGGCCAAUACUUACGACCAUUUCACUCAGGUGGUUUGGAAGGGUUCUACUUCGGUGGGAUGUGCUUAUAAGGAUUGUAGUGCCGAAAACUGGGGACUUUAUGUGGUUUGUGAGUAUGAUCCUCCCGGUAAUGUGAUUGGGGAGAACUCUGAAAAUGUGCUUGCUGCUGACACCUGAUUUAUAAAAGUAAUGAUAAUAAACGUUGAGUUA